AUGCCCGACACUGAAGCGAAGCUAGACGCAGUACUUGCGAAGAUGGACGAAUUGCUCGCCGCUAAAGAUAAACAAGAGUCGAAGUUGAACGCCAUCCUGAUGAAGCUAGAAAGUUUGGAAAAAAGUCAAAAGAAAACCGCUCAGGAUGUCUACGAAUUGAAAGAUAGUUAUAAACUUUUAGACCACGAUGUGACUGAGGUUAAAAGCGCUCUUGCAGAGAAGGCGAACCGCAAAGAGAUAGACGCCCUGAACAAGAAAAUUGAAGACUUGGAGAACAGAUCCAAGAGGAACAACGUGGUCAUAUGGGGUUUAAAGGAAGGCGCCGAAAAAGAUUGCAGCUCCGUAGAAGAAUUCUUAGAGGAAGAACUUUUCAGUAAGCACAUGGGCCUCGAUAAUAUUGAAGUCAUGCGAGCGCACCGUACGAAGAUCAACCAAGCGGCUGCGAGCGCUACCGCUCCGCAGUCAAGGCCUAUCCAUGUCUACUUACUUAGAUAUCCUGAUAAAGGACGAAUUUUAAAGGCUGCAGCAAACACCCUGAAAGAUAACCCUUUCUGCGACCGUCAGAUAUUCAUAUCCGACGACGUGUCAAAAUCAGUUCGAAGUGAAAGAGAAGCUAAUGAAGUGAAACCAGUUGUGUACUUAGGUCUCAGAGUUUGCAUGAUAGUUGCUGACGGUAAUGUGGAGGACUUGGAGACAUUUCUGUUGUCUGUACAGGAUUGUAUUUGCCGUAUAGCUCAAUGCACAGCUCUCGGAAAUGUGGAAUAUAUACAUGAUUGCUCAGAAGGCUUUGUUUAA